CAAAUGAUGGAGAAAGCAAAGAAAAGUUUCUUAGGACCUCACUCUCUUGCUGACUUGAUUCAGCCAGGAAGGAGAGGUAAAACUAUUGAAACUCAGAAACCAAGAAGAAAUAUUAUGAAGAACUACGCCAAAAUUAAGAGAUCGAAUCUUGACAUUUCCGACAUUGUGGGGGCUCAGCCCAAGAAGCUUAAGUCAAAAGCCAUAAAUUACUCAUUAAUCUCUAAAGACGUAAAUUUGUCUUCCCAGAGAAAACGCAGAAAACAAAUUUUAGAAAAUAAAGCUAAGAAUGCAUUGACUAACAUGUAUGCUCUUAGAAGUGAUGAUAUCCCAGGAGCUCAGCCGAAAAAGCUUCAUGGCUUGUUAAAAGACAUAAAGCGUCAAAAUCCUGACCAAAAUUGUAUCAAAAUGAGUCCUCAGCAUUCUCACAGAGACUGAAAGUUUCAAGCAUACACGAACUUGUCCAGAGAUACAGCUCCUAACAGAGAAUAUGGCGAUAGUUUGUCAAGGCUUGAGAGAGAGAAAUCACUCCAGAAAGUAAAUCUGAAACCGAACUUCUUUCAAAAGUCCAACUCAAUAGACAAUACUCGAAUGCACAAUUCAAGGAAUUACUCACUGAGCCAUUUAAACAUGAAGCCAAAGACUGAUAUUGUGAUCCCUGACAAGUCUAGUGAUGACCCUGGGAUAAACCGGAGUCAGGCCAUUCUAAAUAGAAAUGAGAAAACUCAAGAAAACAAAAGAUAUCAGAAUUACAGAAAGAAGUUUCCAAUGCAUUCGUUAAAGAGUAAACAGACUGAUGGAGUUUAUGACAACAAAAUCAGAGUGCCAGGAACCUCGUUCUUGCUCAAUAGAAGACAGAAGUCUCUAGCAAGAGCAGUCGAACUCGACAACAAAGCCAGCAUGGAGAAGCUUCCUGCUGUUGACAGCUCAAGGUUUGACAGGUCUGUGUCUAGACUUGACAAGAUAGUUCAGAAUGAGAGGCCUGCAUCGAUAAACUUUCCAAAUUACGAGAGAUUCUUAAGAGGCCAAGUAAAUCUGAAACUGAACAACAAACUACUCUAAUUCAAUAUUCUGAUUC